GGUACAUAGUACAUAAUUAAAGGACAUAAAGUGAUAUUUAAUUUGCAUAAUUAAUGCCUGUUUAGUCUUCAGGUAACAUUCUUCAGGGGCAUUUGUACUCUUGCUUUACAUAACCUAAAACAUGGUUCGUUUUAAGAAUAGGUAUAUAACAUUUGAAAUAACUCUUGGUGAUAAAUCUGAUAAGCCUUUCCCCCUGAAAGUUACAACUUUACAUAAUGCUAUUCAACAAAAAGUUCAACAAUUAUAUGGCGAUUUUGGCACUGCGGCAAUAAAAGCCGGUUUUAAUGCAAAAUAUUGUAAUGCACGCACAAAGAUUGCAUUGGUGAAAACCAGACAUGGUCCACAUAAAUUUUUAUUGAAAUCAAUUCCAGUCAUAAACGAUAUUGCAGGACGUUUAGUAUCGAUAAAAAUACUAUAUGUCGGCGCGACAUUAAGGCAUUGUUUCCUUUUUAUCAAAAAAUAUCAACAACAAAAAUUAGAACAAAUAUGGUAUACUUUAAAAACCGAUAUGGAACGAAAAAAGAUGGAAGAGACUUUAAUGACAUUGACUCCAGCCAUGAAAGAUUACACAUGAUAAAUUAUAAUCAAAACAUUCUGUAUUUGUAAAUAUAUAAAUAUUAGAAAUUUAAUAAAA